CAGAAAAAAAUCGUCACGACAACAGGUAGUUCACAGUGGAAGGUAUACGUCAUCAAAACCACCGGUUACGCAUCGAACGCAACAAGGCAAACUAUACGUCUUCAAAAUGACGGGAAACCAUGAAUGCUACUGAAUUUGAAAAAAAAGAGUGUGUCGUAACAUCAGCGCCGAUAAUCAACACAGAACAAACAAAACAUAAGUAAGGUGCUUGAAAUAAGGGAAACAGCAAAUAUCUGUAACCAUGGCGACACUUUCUGAAAUAAAUGCGGCCGAGGCUUUCCGUCAGUUUCCCCUGUCCGUAUAUUUGUCAGUAUUGUCUCUAGUGGGACUUGUCGGAAACUCCAUAGUAUUAUACAUCUACACCAAAGUGUAUACCAACUCAAACUCGCGUUCUUUCAUCCGAUUCCUGUCGACCGUUGACCUAAUGACAUGCGUAGUGGCAGUUCCGGUUGAGAUCUUAACAGUUCUGAACCAGUACGAGUUCGACAACCCCGUCGCUUGUGUGAUAUCUCGGUUCGUAAACUCGGCCGGAACUGUAUCAGCGUCCACAAUAUUAAUACUGAUAGCUAUUGACAGAUAUCGUAAAAUCUGCCAACCUCUUGAGUGGCAAAUAUCAAACAAAAGUGCGAAAAUCUUAAGUGUGUGCUCGAUGGUAUUUGGUGUUGUGUUUUCAAUACCGAAUAUUUUUUUGUACGGUGUUCGAACCCGCGAAGUAGUGUUUGAGUCGUUUGUGUAUAACGGUACUGAAUGUUCCGUUAGCGACGCUUGGUCUGAAUCUCUCUUUCCUCUCAUCAAUAACGUCGUCACAUUGCUAAUGUUUAUCGUGUCGGCUGUGACACUGGUAACACUGUAUUCCAUCAUCGGUAGAAAUGUCCGAUUCUUCGCAAGGCGUCAGGAACAACGGAAAAAUUCGUCCGUUGUCUUGGACACGCAUAGUGGUGCCAACACGGCAGUGAAGAGGCGAGUUUCUGAGAUGAGGUCACAAGAUGGUUUAUCAGCGGAUUCGGUUUGUGAGAAUCCUAAACGCAGGUGUAGGAAGUUACCCAUUCCAGAAGAAAAUAAUCAGACGCUUAAUCAAAGUAAAUCAUCCGACCAGCUCGUUCAGACGCUUGACAGGGAGCAAACACUACAUGAAAUUAUCGAAUUAGAAACGGAUCUGGAGCAGAAAGGUGAUUCGUGUGAUUCAAAGGACAAUGCAUAUUAUGAAGUGGAGACUGGGGAAACGAUUGGAAGCGCGCCGAUAAUUCUUGUAAAUUGUUCGCCAAAAACGAAGGAAACUACUCCAAAUAUUAGAACUCUAUCAGAUUCAACUCACACUUCAAUCUCAAAAAUAUCCUCCCUCAAAACCAAGGUCAGUAGCGUGCUUCCGUCCAACCACAGGCACAUCUCUCGAGACACAUCCCGACAAAAUAAGAAUCUCGCAAAAAGUACAACGUAUUUAAUGUUUAUUAUAUCCAUGGUCUUUAUUUUGAAUUUCGUGCCGUACCUGCUGCUUGUUAUCCUAAGAGAACUUAAAGACGACUUUGUUGACAGCUUGCAAAACAAUGAUGCUGCCAGGACUGCCUAUCGCUUCUUCCUGAGGUCCUACUUCGCUAACUGUGCCGUAAACCCGAUCAUUUACAGCAUAUUCGAUAGAAGGUUUAGACAGGCUUGUAAACAAACACUGAGGUCUGUUAUUUUAAAAUGUGUUCCUGCUAAAUGCUGAAAAUUCUGUCAAACUUCCCUGUAUCGAAUUUGUUGGAACGGUAGCAAUACAUGGAGUUAUAAAUAGCAGUUAAAAUAGCUUGUUUAAAACUCGAUAUUCCAUAUAUUUAACAUUUGUAAAAAAAAAAUAUCGGAAUUCAAUGCAUAGCAGUAAUUCAUUCAUUUAAAAUAGUGUCAUCAAUUACCAAAUGUUAUCGGUGUAAUCACGUGUGUGUGACUUACUUAAGUUUCCUAACUUAUAUUAAUUGCUCUUGUUGGUCUGCCGUAGCUGUCAGUGCGCAGGGUGUCUUAAUGAAAGAGGUAAUUGAGAAAGCCCGGAGAAAGCCCACGCGGGUGGACAGGUGACCGAAUACCUCUUCACGAUCGGGGAGUUAAACCCCGGCCGUUUUGGUGAAGGGCGAGUUCGCUUUCCUCUACGCAUUCGAACCACCCAAACUAAUACCUUUUACUCUUGAUACCAGUAACAGUUUUUAAGCUUGAUGCAUACUUGUUUUGGUUUGACAGUUGUUGUCAUCUGAUGCCAUUUGAUGCCAUUUGAUGAGUUAAAUUUACCUGUACUGUUUGCUUGGAUACUUAUUCUGACUGAGGUUUAAAUAUAGAUGGGGUGUUUUUUUUAUAGAAAAGACAAAAGCUAACUUGACACUAGCACACUUGUAAAUUAUGUAAAUACUUAUAUGAUGUCUCAUAAUCUGACUAGGGCUGGGCUGUACAUCAUUUAUUCAAGGCUGCAGCUUUAUUUUCAAUGACUAUUCAAACGAAAUGUGUAUAUUAUCUAUGUCUUGUAAGAAUGUAAUUUGAUGUGUGUCACUCUAAUUAAAGCUUCAUAUUGCUUGAGAGUUAGAAUGUUAGAGUGUUCGCUUUUCUAAGUAGGUUUAUUGUAUUGUAUUUUGAUAUGACCAGUUAAAUGCCGAUUUUAUUGUUCUUUAUAUUGUAAAUGCAACAGGUUUUUAUGGUGUUCCUUGUACAUACAAAAUUGCAAUAUGCUAUUGUGCUGUAUCUAAUAAAUAUAACUGGUUUUUGAUGCUAUAUGUAUUGCAUUGUAUCAUUUAAAUAUGAGAUGUACUGAUACUAUAUUUUUUUCGACAUUAAAGAUAACAUUUCUCAUUAUUUCUUCUUUGGCAUGAUGUAUUCUGUUAAAUACAUCAUAAGUAUUAAUAUUGCAUAUGCUUGCAACGACUUACAUAGGUAAAAAAAUGACUUAGAAAAACUAGAGAAAAAAACUGUAUUUCAAACUCCAAAUUGAUAAAAGUAGGGUAAAAUAUGAACAAGAGAAAAAUUGACAUGGAGACCAUUGCAAGCGUAUCAGGAGAAUAAAACCAGGAAGGGUAAGCGUCAUCUUCCUCAUCCACGCCACCUGUCAUAUGACUCUGAAAGGUGGUUAACAAAAUACCACGUAAACAUAUAAGGGUCUUGCUAUACAAAGUACAAGUGCUCAUCCAUUGUCCUUUAGCCAUAGCACCAUUCUAUUGUUCUGUCAGUAUAGGGGUAGUAGAUAAAACACACUUGACACGUUAUGGCUAACAAUUAACGAUCCAUAAUUCUUUUCUGUUUUAAACAGAAUAUAUGCUAUUGUAAUGAACAGUACUGCAAAUGUAUGAUAUAUGAACUACUAUACCUAUUUAAAGCUAUAAACAUGUUAAUUACAAUAAUCUGAACUUUUAUACGUAUUUAUAGCUAUAA